UUUUCACAGACUAGUCUCAGAACAUCCUCGGGAAUCAAAAGGAGUACAUUUAUACACAAGAAACAACCACAGAAAAUACACCCGAGAAGAGGGACGGAUUGUUUGUGCUUUUUAUACCAAAAUCUAUUCAUUGCUAGGCCUACUCGUUUUUUUUUUUUUCUCAAAUUACUUUCAUUUUGGGAAAACCUCAAAUAAGCUAAGGAGAACAAAAGAACAUACAACUAUUUUAAGAAGAAAUCUACUUGUGAAUUAAAAUAAGAAAAGCUCACAAGUUUCACCGAACAGAGGUUUAUUUGCCAGUUCCACAGCCUAUGUAUUUGGAUUUGAUAUAUUCCGCUCGCCGCCCUCCUACUAUGGUGAUAAUGGAAGUCCCCAGCAUCGAUGCCAUGUCCCUCCGCGGGCUGCUGGAGGGGGAAGACCCGGGCUGUCUGGUCCUGGACUGCCGCUCAUUCUUCUCCUUCAACUCCUCUCACAUCCCCGGGUCCACCAACGUCCGCUUCAGUACUAUAGUCCGCCGGAGGGCCAGAGGGGGGCUAGGGGUGGGACACAUUGUGCCCAACGAGGACACACGGAACCGGCUUCUCUCCGGGGAGUAUCAGUCGGUAGUGUUUCUCGAUGAGCGGAGUUUGGACUUCGGCCAAGUGAAGAAGGACGGGACUCUAAUGCUCGCGGUGACAGCUCUGUGCCGAGACCCGUGUGGAGCCAGUGUCUUCUUUCUCAAAGGUGGUUUUGAGACGUUCUCCUCGGAGUAUCCAGAGAUGUGUACCAAGCCGUCAGCUCCACAGGGACUCAGUCUGCCCCUCAGCGCCCGUCCAGACAGCGCCGACCCCGGCUGCAGUCCAUGCAGUACACCGCUCUAUGACCAGGGUGGUCCAGUGGAGAUCCUUCCCUUCCUCUACCUGGGCAGUGGCUACCAUGCCUCCAGAAAGGACAUGUUAGACAUGCUGGGUAUCACUGCUCUCAUCAACGUAUCAGCUAACUGCCCCAACCACUUUGAAGAGUCCUUCCAGUACAAGAGUAUCCCUGUAGAGGACAACCACAAGGCUGAUAUCUCCUCCUGGUUCAACGAGGCCAUAGAGUUUAUCGACUCCGUCCGUAAUAAAGGCGGUCGUGUGUUCGUCCACUGCCAAGCCGGCAUCUCCCGCUCCGCCACCAUCUGUCUGGCCUACCUGAUGAGGACCAACCGCGUGAAGCUGGACGAGGCCUUUGAGUUCGUCAAGCAGCGCCGCAGCAUCAUCAGUCCUAACUUCAGCUUCAUGGGCCAACUGCUACGGUUUGAGUCCCAGGUCCUGGCUACUACAUCCUGCUCGUCGGAAGCCGGGAGUCCUGCCCUGGGGAAGAGCAGUACGGUCUUUAACUUCCCAGUGUCUGUCCCCGUCCACGGUUCUGCUGGACACGGACAGCUCUCCUUCCUGCACAGCCCCAUCACCACCUCACCAAGCUGCUAAGGGGAAGAGUAGGACCAUAUGGAGGGUUGUCUGUCUUCGCCCGGACUCAAACUGUCACCAUCGGUGCCUAGUCGUUGUGACUGUACUGUCACAGUACUAGUACUGUACUGUCAAAAUACUAGUAGUGUACUGUCACAGUACUAGUAGUGACAGGGUCAUUGACAAUGUACUGUCAGUGUCACUCAACUACAGGUGACUAAUCUUUGAGCUUUGGAUAGACAUUGAGCUCUAGAACUGAAGGAACCCAUUUUGAUGCCCUUCCUGGUGUAAAGGUCAUAAAGAAGUGAUCCUGGCAUCACAGGACAAAAGGGCUAACUUUUGGAGAGACAAAACCAAGUGGCCUAGUUUAUGGGUUAAAUCCACAGCUCUGCCCCAUCGACUUGAAAGGAGUUUCUCUCACUAUCCUCUGUAGAAUAAGGAAUGACACCUACAGAUUUGCCUAGAACACCUCAACUUCUAGGAAGAGACAGAGAAGUCAAUGGCUGAAGGUGACUGGGGGAAAGAGUCAAUCCUUUAAAGGAAGUUAGAAGUAUUUUAAUGGUAUGAAGAGAAGAAAUUGUAGUUAAAGAAUCGUUGUCAAAGAUGCAAAGUUAUUUAACGAGAGUGGGCAGCUUUUGAUAAUUACAUUUAUUUUUUUUGACCUGACACAACUCUACACAAAAUGGGCAAGUAAACCCUCACUUGGUCACUCACAGACAGUCAUAUUUAUUGCUACCAACCAGACUCUCAGGAAUCAUGAAUUACUUUCAAUGUCCCACAGCUUUGUUCACACAGAGACAAACUGUCUUCCUGAGGAAAUCCCGCUAAUGAACGAAACCGGUUUGGAUAGAUCACACCUCAGACUCUUUAUUGUUGACAAACAAUGAAUCUAUCUCUGAUCUCUGGCCAAUCAGCCGGCUCGGAGAGUGCCAGAAGGUUUAGUUUAAAGUGGACUGGAAAACCCCAUUCAAAUGCAAAUGUAUGCCUUUUAUAAAAUACCAUGAGACCCUGACAAACCUGAUAAUAUUGGGGGAAACAGCCAACCAACCAUCAGAUACCUCUGAAACACCACCAUGCCUCUGUAGUGCUAGCAGCUGUUAGCUAACGCUAGCUCUGUUAGCAUCAUGCUAGUUCUGUUAGCAUCGUGUACUGUUAGCAGCUGCUAGCUCUAUUAGCAUUAUUGGCCUGCUAGCUCUGUUAACAUCAUGUACUGUUAUUAGCAGCUAGCUCUGUUAGCAUUAUUAGCAUGCUAAUUAUGUUAGCAUCAUUAGCAUGCUAGCUCUGUUAGCAAUUUGUACUAUUAACAGCUCUGGGAGAGUCAGAACCCCUAAAGCACUAAGAUGGGGUUCAGACUCACCAGAGACUGCUGUCUGUCUGAUUACCUAUGUGAUAUUUAUUGAUCUAAAGUAAUAUAUUUCUUACAUCUAUUUUUGCAUAUGUUUGUUAGUUGUUUUUGAUACCUCUGAAUAAAUCCAAUUUGUCUUUUCUA